UACGCUCCGAUCCAAUAAACGGGCAGCUCGGCGGCGCGAAACGCGGCCCAAAGAUUCCCACCUGCCCGGGCACUACCUGUGCGACCUCCGCUGACAUUGAGCCCUCUUUAUAGGGGAGCCACCCAUCGAACCGCCGCCCACUGCCCCACUAAAAUCCACCAUCGUUGUUGUUCGUGUCGCACGCCAGGCGUCGCUCAAAAAAUAAAAUAGCAAAAAAAGAAAAGAAACCAAGAAACGGCGUUGGAAAACUUUCCAACUCGCACGGAAACUUCGAGUUUUUGGCUUGAACCAAGAAUCCCGACAAGUUCUGCACGCCAAUCAAAAAUAACAGGGGGCAAAACCGCAGGAGGGGGGUUUAACCAUACCCAAGAUAGUUUCCCAAAACCCAAAGAACUUUGCAAGUUUUGGGGACGCAAAAUUUGUUAAUCUAAAGCGAUUUAAAUCAAAAGAAACCUAGAUUUAUCUUAAGUGUUUGAGAAAGUUGUUCUUAAAGUGAAAAUUCCUAAAAGUUUGAAAGAAGAAGCACCAUAUUCUAUAUUUCAAAUAAUUCUAAAGAAUUAAGCCAAGCAAAAAAAGUGAAUUGUUCAUUUUUUGUAUAAUUUAUUUUGUUUACCAUAUAGUUAGGUGACUUAAUUACUUUAAUUUGGCAAAAUACUCAAUAAAACAACUUUUUCAGAGCUUGCAUUAAACAACUAUUAAUAGAAAUAGCUCUAUCCAUUGCUGGAAUUUGUUUCUGUCGGCCAAGGGACAAUCGAACUGUAGUAACUUAAUUUAGAUAGUUCUUUAAGACACGCAAUUUUGUGACCAAAAAAGUAGUUCGUUCCUUACCAAAUAUGUAAGAAAUAUUCUGAUGGCGUGCCGGACUGCGUAUUAGUGGCAAUCGGUGGCUUCGCAUUGCCAUAAAUCAACUGGUCAAUCGAUCAUUACCAUCUCUGUGCCCAAAGAAGAGCCGUCCCUAUCGAAGGGGAAACCCCAAACUGAGUACUCCAUUCGCCGGUGGUCUCCAGUGGAAGCAGGAUGUCCUUUGCGGAUGACAGCUAUAGUUUUGGACGCUGCUACGAGUAUCAGCCCGAGGAUUCCAAAUGGCAGGCUACUGGACCUAGACCUGUGCCCGCAGCCGCCGUGUUGGCUACACACAGGGAAUCAUCCAGCAGCAACGAGGACCGCGAGACCACUGUCAACAUGGAUAGAAUCGAUGCGGACAUCAACUUUCAGCGGGUCUCCAUUUCGGGGGAGGACACCAGCGGCGUUCCUCUCGAGGAUCUGGAGCGGGCCUCGACCCUGCUGAUCGAAGCGCUGCGCCUGCGCAGCCACUACAUGGCCAUGUCCGAUCAGUCGUUUCCCUCGACCACGGCGCGUUUCCUCAAGACGGUGAAGAUCAAGGAUCGCAUCAAUAAUCUGCCUGCGAAGGAGGUAUCGGACAUCAUUCGCAAAAUGAGUGUAACGAACAUACAAGGAAAUGCAGAUGUCCAUUCGAGGUCAUCGCAUAUGAAGAUAACGAAUCCGUGGCACGUGGAAUUUCCCCCAGAUGAGGACUUCAGGAUCAAACCACUCAACGGAGUUUUUCACAUCUACGAAAAUGAUGAUGCGAGCAGCGACAUCAAGUUUGAAUAUCCGGAUAUGAGCCAAUUCGUGAAUGACAUGCAGGUCAUGUGCAAUAUGAUAGCCGAUGGGCCAUUGAAAUCCUUCUGCUAUCGACGCCUGUGCUAUCUGUCGUCCAAGUACCAGAUGCACGUGCUCCUCAACGAACUGCGGGAGCUGGCCGCCCAGAAGGCGGUGCCGCAUCGGGAUUUCUACAAUACCCGCAAGGUGGACACCCACAUCCAUGCAGCAUCCUGCAUGAACCAGAAGCACCUGCUGCGCUUCAUCAAGAAGACGCUGAAGAACAACGCCAACGAGGUGGUCACCCACACCAAUGGCCAGGCAAUGACCCUGGCCCAGGUGUUCCAAUCGAUGAACCUGACCACCUACGACCUGACCGUCGACAUGCUGGACGUGCACGCGGAUCGGAAUACGUUCCACCGCUUCGACAAGUUCAACUCCAAGUACAAUCCCAUCGGGGAGUCGCGGCUCAGGGAGGUGUUCCUCAAGACGGACAACUAUCUGAACGGCAAAUACUUUGCACAGAUCAUAAAGGAAGUGGCCUUCGAUCUGGAGGAGUCCAAGUACCAGAACGCCGAGCUGCGUCUCUCCAUCUACGGCAAAUCGCCCGAUGAGUGGUUCAAGCUGGCCAAGUGGGCCAUCGACAACGAUGUGUACAGCUCUAACAUCCGCUGGCUGAUCCAGAUACCGCGCCUCUUCGACAUCUUCAAGUCGAACAAGAUGAUGAAGUCAUUCCAGGAGAUCCUGAACAACAUAUUCCUGCCGCUCUUCGAGGCGACAGCCAGACCCAGCAAGCAUCCGGAGCUGCAUCGCUUCCUGCAGUACGUGAUCGGUUUCGAUUCCGUGGACGACGAGUCCAAGCCGGAGAAUCCGCUCUUCGACAACGAUGUGCCCCGACCGGAGGAGUGGACCUACGAGGAGAAUCCGCCCUAUGCGUAUUAUAUUUACUACAUGUACGCCAACAUGACGGUGCUGAACAAGUUUAGACAAUCACGCAACAUGAACACCUUUGUGCUGCGGCCCCAUUGUGGCGAGGCUGGGCCCGUGCAGCAUCUGGUGUGCGGCUUCCUGAUGGCCGAGAACAUCUCCCACGGCCUCCUGCUCCGCAAGGUGCCCGUGCUGCAGUAUCUGUAUUACCUGACCCAGAUCGGAAUCGCCAUGUCGCCGCUGUCGAACAACUCGCUGUUCCUCAACUACCAUCGCAACCCGCUGCCGGAGUAUUUGGCCCGGGGUCUCAUCAUCUCCCUUUCGACGGAUGACCCUCUGCAAUUCCACUUCACCAAGGAACCCCUUAUGGAGGAGUACAGCAUUGCGGCCCAGGUGUGGAAGCUCAGCUCCUGCGACAUGUGCGAACUGGCCAGGAACAGUGUGAUGAUGAGUGGAUUCCCACACGUCAUUAAACAACAGUGGCUGGGACCCGUUUACUACGAGGACGGCAUCAUGGGUAACGACAUCACCCGCACGAAUGUGCCCGAGAUCCGGGUGGCCUAUCGCUACGAGACGCUGCUGGACGAGCUAUCCAACAUCUUCAAGGUGAACCAGACCUGCUCCGUCUCAGAUCUGCACGCAUCGUAGUCUGGGUGGCGGUCCAUCUGCUCCAUCGCGUUGUUGUGGCUUCCUACGCUAACUUAAUGCAAAUUACGCAGAUAUAUACGCUAGUUAUAUACAUAAUUUAAAUGUUUCUGUACUAACCAAAUUGUAAGCGCGGCAGACCAAAACCUUUAAAUAUACAAAACUUGUACACGCAA